CUUUUGACGUUUCCCUCCUCCAUUCCUCCCUAACCACCUCCUAUCCUAACGUCAACCAAAACCUUAAUCCAAAAUUUCUAACAAAUCCUAUCAUCAUCUUGACCCCUAUGUCUUUGAAAUUUCCAGGUAAGUUUUUCAGUUUUCGCGUUUUCAUUCAGACCAAACACGGUUAAGAGGAAUUCAUUUUAAGGCAUUUGCAUCUCGGGAAAAAAUUUUAAGCGUGCAGAAAAAAAAAUUUCUUCCGUUUUUUGUUCCUCUGUUUUUCUUGUUGCUCUGUUAAUUUCCUUGGAAAAUCUUGUUCUGCAUUGAUUCUCAGCCUGUUAUCUUCAAAGAGGUUUUUUCUUUAGCUAUGAAUCUUCUUUCCCAUUUGUUGUUUUGUCUCGUUUUCUUCUCUUUCGUCUUCAACCCCGUUCAUGUACUGAGCGGCAGCUCUGAAUCGAACUCUGUUUCGUUUAUCUUGAGUUGUGGGGAUUCCAGCGGUGGCGCUGAUGCUGAUGGGCGGAAGUGGGUUCCGGACACUAAGUUUCUGGCUUCCUCAGGGAAAUCCAUUUCGGCCACAGCACAACUCCAAGACCCUUCGCUGCCUUCUCCCGUUCCUUACAUGUCUGCUAGGAUUUUCACAUCAGAAUCCACCUACCAAUUCUCUAUUUCUCCUAAGAAUCGCCUCUGGGUCAGACUCCAUUUUUACCCAUCUUUUUACAGUGCUCUCAAUGCUUCCGACAGCUUUUUCUCGGUCACUGCCGGUGGCUUCACUCUCCUUAACAAUUUCAGUGCCUCCACCACAGCCCAAGCUCUCACACAGGCUUAUAUCAUCAAAGACUUCUCUCUCAUGCCCCUGGAAUCUGGCCAUCUCAAUAUCACAUUCAAGCCUUCUCCAAAUCACAAUGGAUCGUAUGCUUUUAUCAAUGGGAUUGAAGUAAUUUCCAUGCCGGAUAUAUUUGGAUCCGCAACUAUGGUUGGGUACUCCGACCAGUCCAUGGAUGCUGCCGGCUCUUCAUUGCAGACCAUGUAUCGGUUGAAUGUUGGUGGACAGUACAUUGCAGCCAAUAAUGACUCUGGGCAAAGCCGGACAUGGUAUGAUGAUUCCCCAUAUCUGUAUGGGGCUGCCUUUGGGGUCACUUCUGAAGCUGAUAGCAAUGUUACCAUUCAAUAUCCUUCGGAUGUGCCUGAAUAUAUUGCCCCAGUUGAUGUGUACAGAACAGCAAGAACAAUGGGUCCAGACCCAAAGAUCAAUCAGAAUUAUAAUCUGACAUGGGUGUUUCAGGUUGAUGCCAAUUUCACAUACAUUGUCAGGUUUCAUUUCUGUGAGUUUCUGCUUUCCAAGAUCAACCAGAGGGUGUUUGAUAUUUAUGUUAACAACCAAACAGCACAGCCAGCUGCUGAUUUGAUUGCUUGGGCUGGAUCAGAGGGAGGGCCGGUUUACAAGGAUUUUGCUGUAUAUGUUAAAGAUGAACAUGGUGAUGAACAACUAUGGGUGGCAUUACACCCAUCUGUAUCAAUGAAGCCUGAAUUCUAUGAUGCAAUUCUCAAUGGAUUGGAGAUCUUUAAGCUUAACGACUCAAAUGGGAAUUUAGCAGGUCCAAAUCCUGUGCCAUCACCCAUGCUGGUUAAGGCUGAGGAGACGAGGAAUUUCGCCUCACCAGAGUCUAGUGACAAUGCUCAAGUCAUAGGUGGGAUUGCUGGAGGAGCUGCAGGGCUGGUGGUCGUUGUUGCAGUUGUUGCUGUUAUAGCUUUCCGAAGGAAGAAAAUGCUUGACAGAAGUGGUUCCAGGACAAGUGGGUGGUUGCCAGUUCAUGGCAGCUCUGGCACAACAGCAAGCAAGUCUACUCUCUCAGGCAAGAGCACUGCCAGUAGCCACUUGUCUUCCAUGGCGGCAGCUCUUUGUCGGCAUUUCACGUUGGCAGAAAUGAGGCAUGGUACCAAGAACUUUGACGAGUCACAGGUAAUUGGGGUUGGAGGAUUUGGGAAGGUUUAUAAAGGGGUUGUGGAUGGGAGCACAAAAGUUGCAAUUAAAAGAUCAAACCCUUCUUCAGAGCAAGGUGUUCAUGAGUUCCAGACUGAAAUUGAGAUGCUUUCAAAGCUGAGACAUAGGCAUUUAGUCUCUCUUAUUGGUUAUUGUGAAGAAGAUAAUGAGAUGAUUCUGGUUUAUGAUUACAUGGCCAAUGGGACUCUGAGGGAGCAUCUUUAUAAGAGCGAUAAACCUCAAUUGUCAUGGAAGCAGAGGUUGGAAAUUUGUAUUGGAGCUGCCAGGGGACUUCACUAUCUUCACACUGGGGCCAAGUACACUAUCAUUCACAGGGAUGUGAAGACUACGAACAUUCUUCUAGAUGAGAAAUGGGUAGCAAAAGUUUCAGAUUUUGGGCUCUCAAAAACAGGCCCUGAACUCAAUCAAACUCAUGUUAGUACAGUGGUUAAGGGCAGCUUUGGGUACUUGGAUCCUGAGUACUUCCGGAGACAACAAUUGACAGAAAAAUCUGAUGUUUACUCCUUUGGGGUAGUACUUUUUGAGGCAUUGUGUGCAAGGCCAGCCCUCAAUCCCAGCCUUCCUAAGGAACAAGUUAGUCUUGCAGAUUGGGCGCUACAAUGCCAAAAGAAGGGAAUUCUCGAGGAAAUCAUCGAUCCCCAUCUUAAGGGAAAUAUCACUCCUGAGUGCUUGAUGAAAUUUGCAGAGACUGCCGAGAAGUGCCUGUCUGAUCAUGGCCUUGAGCGACCUUCAAUGGGCGACGUACUCUGGAACCUUGAGUUUGCCCUCCAAUUGCAGGAGAAACCCCAAGGAGCAAAAAUUGAUGUAGAGAAGGUGAAUGCCGACAUCAAUGCAAUGCAUAGAAGCAUGUUGAGCAUUGAUGAGGAGAGUGCAGUUAGUGAGGAUACUGAGGACUUAAGCACAAGUGAAGUGUUCUCACACAUGGUGAACCCAAAAGGGAGAUGAGGGUAAAUUAUGCUUGUUCUAUCUCAUUGUAACACCUUUAAAUUUUGAUCAAAAUGUUAAGAAAACCCAUAAAAACUUGUGUCAAGGGAUUCAACAUCUCUGUGAAGGUGUAUC